AUAUAUAUUUAAUUAUAAAAGAGAAUUAAAAUAAUAAACACUCAAAAGUAUCGAAAAUUGGUACCGUUAAGUACCGGUAUCGAUUCCUAGGUACCGGCAAUUAGUACCGGAUCGAUUCAAAUGUCAAAGGUACCCAUCCCUACCUGGAAGGUACAAUGGUGAGAAAAAUAAUUUUGGCCGCUUGUAUUUGUGAUCUCGUUCUUUCGGUCACUAUCCAAAGCUCGUGACCAUAGGUGAGGGCAGGAACAUAGAUCGGCCGGUAAAUCGAGAGCUUCACCUUCUCACUCAGCUCUCUCUUCACCACGACAGACCGGUACAACGCCCGCAUCACCGCAGACACAGCACCAAUCCUCCUGUUGAUCUUGCGCUUCAUUUUUUCCUCACUUGUGAACAAGACCCAGAGAUACAUAAACUCCUCCGCUUGGGGCAGGACCUCGUCCCAGACUCGGAGAAGGUCAGGGGCGAGGUUCUGACUCAAAUGUAAUCAUACUCCUACUACUACUAGUAUUAUUACCUGUAGGAUGGACUCUCAUCGUCUUAUGUUCCACAUAUGGAAAUAAUGAAAAAGUGGAAAUUGUUCUAUGGAGGCCGAAUCUAAACAGCUCCUUUAUUUGUUCUUCCAUGAGCCGACCAGAAAGGGAGGAGACACAGGCUCCCUGCUGCAGAUUGGAGCAGUGGCAUUGCAGCAGCUUUAUUUAUUUAUUUAUUUAUUUAUUUUAAAUGUCGUGCAGCCCUGCUUUUCACCAGCUUCUGCCAAAGUCACAUCUGCAGAGCCGGGUGUAUGUGGAGCAUAGAGCUGGGAUCAUCAGUUCUAAAAGCAGCGUGAAUCCUUUCCAUAGUCUGGUCUUCCAACUUCUCUCAGCGUGUUGGAGGUGACCACGGUUGCUGGUUCAAUUUGUCACACGGACCUUUUCUACCAGCCGGGAGCUCACGGGGCAGGGGUUGGAUAAGUGGGACCUUCUGUGUUCCUUUGCCUCGUGUGUCAUCCAUCACAAAAACCUUGGAAGGUCACAGGCUUGACCUAGGGGAUCUUUUCCCGGGAACAAUGGGCAACCCCCCCCCCCAUUUUUUUUGGGUGUCCUUUCUGUCAGCCUUCAAGCUUUGAAUGUCACGGUCUAUCCCUUCCCCCGAAACACCAACACUCAGCUUUCCCUCCUACCCCUCCAGCACAGCCACCUACCUUCCCUCACAUAUGCUAAUGCUUCAGGCUCAUUCAGCAGUUGGUGGGUUCGUCACAGGAGGAGGGAAGUGUGCGUUAAGAGCCAGCUGUAUGCGUUUCACAAAAGUCACACUUCCACAGUCGCCAGACUUUUGGUUUCCCUUCAUUCGUUGGUCACGAAUGUCUCCGUAAUUAUUUUUUUUUUCUUUUGCAAAUCCAAGGAGCACAAGAGAAGGGUUUUAUGGCUUCUGUUGUUUUUUUGCAGCUUUCUGCUGUCAGGUGGUUUGGAGUACGGCUCAACAAGUGGCUGGUGAGUUUAAUGCACCGGGAUAGUGAGCCUGCAUUAGGUUUGUUACCACGGUGCCUCACAGGACAUCACCUUCAGUUUUUAUGGGUCUAAUGGAAAAGGUCUCUAAAUCUGAUCCAGCUUGUCCAGCUGUCUUUCUGCACCGGUGGCAUGCUGUGAGAAAGGACCGCUGCGCCUCAGUGCUCCUCGGACCCUUGUCCUUGACAUCCAAAUGGUGUUUGUCGAUGGUGAUGCCACCCGUCCUCUAUGAGUUAUGACGACGGGUGCUUGUUUGACUCCGGGAAAAGGAUCCUUCUCCUCUUACAAGUGAGCAAGUCACAUGAUGUGAUGAAGACACUUCCCGAAGGUCUGCUCUCCAACGAAUCUGCCAGCAGGAUAUGAGUAUUUUGAGCCCUGUGACAGAUAACAAAUCAACCCUUGUGGGAAUUGUGGGCGGCUCAGAAGAAUACUCCAGAGCCAUGCAGUCAGAGGAGCUGUUCAGCAGGAAACUCAAGGCCUUGAAUGGAAACAUGGGACCACCCGCCUCAAGCAUUCCGGGGAAAUCUGAUGGUGCAGGUAAAACAAAUGGUACUCCAGCCAUGCCUAAAAUGGGUGUUAGGGCAAGGGUGACCGAGUGGCCACCGAGGAAAGAUGGAUGGGAUGGACGACCUUCGCCAAACUACCAGAGCGUGAUACCGAUCUUUCAGAAUGGACAGCAGGAGCAUACUGUGGAAUUAUUAGAGCAAGGGGAGGAAGUUUGUGUGGAAGUGGAUUACACUGACAAAUACUCUCUGAGUGACCUUCUCAGCCAAUCCCCAUUGAAGGGUCUCCACCCUAUCCGUCAACGUAGCAACAGCGAUGUCACCAUAAGUGACAUUGACUCUGAGGAUAUAAUGGACCAGAAUGCUGUCAAUCCAAACACGGGAGCGUCUCUACACCGCGAGUAUGGCAGCACAUCAUCCAUCGACCGUCAGGGCCUUACUGGAGAGGGUUUCUUCACCAUGCUAAGGGGAUACAGGGUGGAGAGCCUGGACCAUCGUAGCAUUCCGCCUCUGGGUUUUCCAGAGUUGCUACGCUGUGAUGCCUCCUUGUCUCCAAGCUUGCAGACAGCAGCACAAAUUGCCAGGGGUGAGAUAGUCCACAUUCCAGGCUAUGACUACAUAGAUAGUUCUGUCCUCUACAGUCGGGAACGGGAAAAAUCUUUUAUGAGACGGCUUAAAUCAGAGUCAACCGAAACGUCUCUGUUCAGGAAACUGAGGACCAUUAAAAGCGAGAGCGAUGCUUUGAGACUCUCUUUAGAGGACGACCGCCGGCCACUUAGCUUUCAGAAAUGUUUUGCUCACUAUGACGUCCAGAGUGUGCUUUUUAACAUCAGCGAAGCAGUCGCAAGCAGAGCUAACCUGAGCCAGAGAAAGAAUACCACCACUGGGGCUUCAGCUGCCUCAGCUGGAAUAGGGCCUGGGACCAGCGGACUACCUGGAGUGGGACCUGGGGGCCUGUCUGGAUCUGGGGCAGAUGUUGGAGCACCAUGUUGCAACAGUGGAAAUCCUUCCAUGUUUGAGUCUCCGCUUGGAAGCAGAGAAGACUUGAACCCGAAGGAGAACCUGGACGCAGAUGACGGGGAUGGAAAGAGCAACAACAUGGUCUUGAGCUGUUCGCACUUUCGUAACGAGAUCGGUGGUGAGGGCGAGAGGAAGAUCUCCCUCUCCAGAGUCAACAGCACCAACUACAGUGGCAUAUCGGAGAGCUGCUCCUUUGAGUCAUCUCUUAGUUCCCACUGCACCAACGCAGGAGUCUCUGUACUGGAGGUGCCUCGGGAAAAUCAGCCUAUCCACAGGGAGAAGGUCAAACGCUACAUCAUUGAGCACAUUGAUCUUGGAGCAUACUACUACCACAAAUACUUCUACGGGAGAGAGCACCAAAACUAUUUUGGGGUAGAUGACAAUCUGGGACCUGUGGCAGUGAGCAUCCGCAGAGAGAGGCUGGACGAUGGAAAGGAGAAAGACGGGAUGCAGUUCAACUAUCGGGUCACCUUCAGAACCAGUCAGCUGACCACCCUCCGUGGAGCCAUCCUGGAGGAUGCAAUUCCAUCAACAGCAAGGCAUGGAACUACCCGUGGCCUGCCGCUGAAGGAGGUGCUGGAGUAUGUCAUCCCAGAGCUCAACAUCCAGUGUCUGAGACAAGCCAUCAACUCUCCCAAAGUCCCAGAGCAGCUCCUCAAACUGGAUGAGCAAGGGCUGAGCUUCCAGCACAAAGUGGGGGUGCUUUACUGCAAGGCGGGCCAAACCACGGAGGAGGAGAUGUACAACAACGAGAGUGCUGGACCGGCGCUGGAGGAGUUCUUGGAUCUGCUCGGCCACCGGGUCCGCCUCAAAGGCUUCACCAAAUUCAGAGCUCAGCUGGAUAAUAAGACCGACUCUACAGGCACGCACUCUCUUUACACCACCUAUAAGGACUACGAGUUGAUGUUUCACGUGUCCACCAUGCUCCCGUACACGCCUAAUAACCGACAGCAGUUACUAAGGAAGAGACAUAUCGGCAAUGACAUCGUCACCAUAGUGUUCCAGGAGCCUGGGGCUCUUCCUUUCACUCCCAAAAACAUCCGCUCGCAUUUCCAGCAUGUGUUUGUCGUCGUCAAAGUCCACAACCCCUGCACCGAUAACGUCUGCUACAGUGUGGCUGUAUCCAGAUCCAAGGACGUGCCUCCCUUUGGACCCCCUAUUCCCAAGUCCGUAACUUUCCCAAAGUCGGCGGUUUUCAGGGACUUCCUGCUCGCCAAGGUGAUCAACGGCGAGAACGCCGCUCACAAGUCGGAGAAGUUCAGAGUCAUGGCCACUCGCACGCGGCAGGAGUACCUGAAAGACCUCGCCGAGAACUUUGUCAGCACAGCUACCGUGGACUCGGCCGUCAAAUUCAGCUUCAUCUCGCUCGGAGCCAAGAAAAAGGAGAAAGUCAAACCCAGGAAGGACGCUCAUCUGCUCAGCGUGGGAGCCGUCACCUGGAGCGUCUGCGCCCGGGACUUCAGCCAGGCCAUGGACAUGGACUGCUUGCUUGGCAUAUCCAAUGAGUUCAUCGUGCUCAUUGAGGAGGAGUCGAAAAAUGUGGUGUUUAACUGUUCGUGCCGCGAUGUGAUCGGAUGGACCUCAGGGAUUAUGAGCAUUAAGAUCUUCUACGAGCGUGGGGAGUGCGUCAUGCUUUCCGUCCACGACAACUGCGGCGAAGACAUCAGGGAGAUGGUGCAACGACUGGAGAUCACCACCAGAGGUUGUGAGACGACGGAGAUGACGUUGCGCCGGAACAGCCUCGGCCAGCUCGGCUUUCAUGUUAAUUUCGAGGGCAUUGUGGCCGACGUGGAGCCCUUUGGCUUCGCCUGGAAGGCAGGUCUGCGACAGGGCAGCCGGCUGGUGGAGAUCUGCAAGGUGGCCGUCGCCACUCUCACUCACGAGCAGAUGAUUGACCUGCUGCGCACAUCUGUCUCUGUCAAGGUGGUUAUAAUCCAGCCUCAUGAAGACGGCACUCCUCGGAGGGGUUGCUCAGAGCUCUACCGGAUACCGAUGGUGGAGUACAAGGUGGACAGCGAGGGUACGCCCUGUGAGUAUAAGACGCCCUUCAGGAGAAACACAACCUGGCACCGGGUGCCUGCAGCUGCUGGCACACCUCUGUCCCGGGGCUCGCCCACACAGGGUCCAGACCGUCUGCAGUGCCAGCAGAUCCUCCAGCAGCACCAGGCAGCGAUCCCGCGAAGCACCUCUUUUGAUAGGAAGCUGCCGGAUGGCUCCAGGACGAUGCAGGACAUGGAAAAUCCUCAGGUCACCAUAUGUAACAAGGGAGACCAGCACUACCGCAGCUCCCCCAGCAACCAGUCCUCCUCCAGCGAUCCGGGACCGUGCGGCAGCAGCAACUGGUCACAGCAGCCUGGAUAUGACGGGUGUCCGUCUCCAAUCCUACAUGAGCAGGUGGGGGACAUGCAGGGAGGGGACGGAGACAUCCGCAGGGACAGGGAACCUACACUGGAGAGGACCAGAUCUGCAGAGGCCAAAUGGCACAUCCCCUCCACCAAGAUCCUCAACCCUCUGAAGCAGAGAGAAGGAGGGAAGGACUCUCCAAACAAGCUGUCCAGGAUGGGCGACAAAAACUCAAGCCACUCAAGUAGCAAUACGCUUUCGAGCAACGCCUCCAGCAACAGCGACGAUAAGCACUUUGGCUCCGGAGACCUGAUGGACCCGGAGAUGCUGGGCCUCACGUACAUCAAAGGGGCCUCCACGGACAGCGGCAUAGACACUAAUCCCUGCGUGCCCCCUGGUACCCGGGUGCUGCUGCAGGGCCGGGCGGGGGAGCAGGGACACCAGUGGGUUUCGGAGCACCAUGAGGACGGCAUGACAGAGGAGGAUCAUGGGAAGAUGUAUUUGCAGCAAAGCUUCCCCUCAGCCAUCAUGUCGGGUCAUGUGACGGAGGGCAGCAUUGGCGACCUGAGCGAGAUCUCGUCCCAUUCAAGUGGCUCACACCAUUCUGGCAGUCCUCUGGCCCGCGGUGCCAGGUACUGUGUGUCUGCUGACUCCUCCAAGGUGUACACCAUCCCCCAGACCUGCAGCUCAGGGCCAGAGCUGGGGCCGGGGCCCAGCUCAGAGGCCUGUGGACAGUCACGCUCACAGUCCCGUUGCAAAUACCCGGUGGGCACGAAGACGACCGAUGAUGGCGAUGACGAUGCCCACAGCACUGAGGGAUCUCCCAACAUUUCAGAGUGUGGGCAGCUGUAUGCACAGGAGGCCGCCUGCCGGCUCCAGGCUGCUGAUCGAGAUGGAAAGUCACUGCAGCGAGUUUCAAAGGAAGAAUUUCGUAAGAUGAUGCUGCCCGACAGCCCUCCGAGGGAUGACAGGAAUCAGAAGGUGCUAGCGGCGGGACCUCUGUCGCCAAGACGCUUGCUGUACAGAACGCUGUCGGACGAGAGCGUGUGCAGUAACCGAAAAGCCUCCUCAUAUGGCAGCUCGCACAGCUCCAUGCUGGAUCAAGCCAUGCCCAACGACAUCCUGUUCAGCACCACCCCACCUUAUCACAGCACACUGCCUCCUCGCAUGGUCCAUAACCAGGGAGCCUCCAACCUACGGAGUGAGUUUUGGUUCUCAGACGGCUCGUUGGCGGACAGGUCCAAGUUCAGCGACCCGGGCCUCAUGCCCCUCCCAGACACCGCCUCAGGCCUGGACUGGCCUCACCUGGUUGACGCAGCACGAGCCUUUGAAGACCAGCGCGUGGCAUCAUUCUGCACUAUGACGGACAUGCAGCGGGUGGAGGCUCUGCAGAUCUCCAGAGAGCUGACCAGACGGGUGGUGGAGGCAGAGGGAGCAGCGCUGGAAGCGGACAGCGGCUCCCCGUCCACGCUGACCGGUAAAGUCAACCAGCUGGAGGUGAUCCUUAGGCAGCUGCAGCACGACCUCAGAAAGGAGAAAGAAGACAAGGCCAUGCUGCAGGAGGAGGUGCAACACCUGAGACAGGACAACCUGCGACUGCAGGAGGAGAGCCAGACGUCGGCAGCUCAGCUCAGGAAGUUCACAGAAUGGUUCUUUCACACAAUCGACAAGAAACCCUGAGUCGGAGGUCCGAGCACGAAGGCCUUCGCCCCUCCAGCUCCUGUUUCAGAUUCCAACUUCAGUUAUAAAAAACAGACUUUAGGAAAUCCCAAGCUUGGAAAAAUGUUCCGUGUGAGACUUGCAACCCGGAUCUGGAUCAUAGGUUUAGCCCCCCACCCCCCCAUUCUGAAGUUGAGGGCUGUUUCUCAUGCGGCUCUAUCCGGGGAAACCUCCUCAUCUCAUGUGCUCGACAGAACUGAAGCCACCCCCUCCAGGGGAAAAGGGGGUCCCCGGGAUUUCCUUACAGUAGUGGAAUGUAAAGCUCCUUCACUGUAGUCCACAUGUGAUCUACCUACCUACGUACAUCACGUCAGUCUAUUGUACUGUACACUCAGCUGUACUGUAUCACACUGCCACACAGCUGUUUCUUUGCACGGACGCAGGAAAAGGGAAGGCGGGAGGCGGGGGAGGAAUGUACUCGACGAAAAUGAAGUGAUUCUUAAUGUCUGCUUGCACCAAGAGGAAUCCACGUGUCGUGGGUUUGAAUCCUUUAGAGGAGAAGGGAGGGGGAGGGCUGAAUGUAGCUCAACUGAGAUCAUUUUUCUUGUUUUGCCCAAAAUUACGGAAGUGAGGCGGUUUGAUUCUGAAUCACUGUUUGAAUAACUGCUUUUACUUUCCCUCCGUGUCGUAAUGUUUGGGUCACAUGGCAGUAAUCUAGAUGUCUAAAGGUGCUUUUUUUCCCCUUCGCACAUUGGUCAGUAGUUUCCAUCCACCAUCACAACGUCCUAGCAAUAACAGCAUGGUGGUUACUAAACUGUGUUUUUGUUGUUUCUGAACAAAGUUAGCACAGAUAUGAAGAGGUUCCUUUGGGUUGUAUUUAUAAAGCUGUGCCUAAAACUGGGUGUGAAUUCACUUUUGUUUUGCUUUUACUUGUUUGUUUGUUUUUAUAAACACAUGCCUUGUCUGUGGCUCACUGAGACAAAAUUGUGUGUGUGUGUGUGUGUGUGUGUGUGUGUGUGCGCGCGCGCAGUCGAAUGUGUGUUUAUGCAGUGGUUUCUAGAGCAUUAGAGCAAAGCGCCAGUGAACCACACUUACAAUGCCAAAUGUGUUUAUUUCUGUACAUACCUGCCACAGAAGUGUCUUGUAUUUAACGUUAUAAUUUAAGCUUAUUUAACCUAAAGUUGUUUAUUUUAUAAGUUUUUUUUUAUCUGUAUUAAGGAGAGAUGAUGCUCUGUGUUUCUUGUAAAGUGUGUAGCUUGCCAGGGCAAUAAGCAACACGACACAAGAAAUAAACAACUAAAAACAACGUUAUAUAUUUAAAUAUAUAAAUAGUGAUUUUGGAAGUUCCAACAUUUGGAUGCUGCUAGAUUUAACGGUUCGCUGGUUUGUAUGCUUUUAAAAGAAAUGGCCUCUCUCUCCCUGUUUAGCGUCUCCUCCCUGGUGUGGGAUGUUGGAUGCUUUUUCUGUUUUGUUGAAUUUUGUUUUUGUUUUCUAUUUCUAAUAAAUGUAGUUAUAAAAACAAAAUAAUGCUUCUGGGCUUUUUAACUGAAUACAUUAUUGCAGCACCCAGUUUGGCCUCCUGAUUCUCGCGUUACAUUUUUAAUUUAAUGGAUUUGAGGAAUAUUUUGGCAGAAAGGAAUAUUUAUGUUCGAAUAUCUACACUUGUGAAUCAAUGGAAUAUUAUGGGAAAAAGGUGCUAAUAAAAACGUAAAUAAUAAAGUAGAGUCUUUCAGUUA